AUUACGAGAAAAUACACUCAAUUUGAAAUGCCAUAUUCUGAAGACUAUAUUAAAAAUAAACUAAGUAAAGUACUAGAUCCUUCACACAUUUUUUUAAUGUAAAAAAUAGUGAAAAAUGAGAGAAAAUAUUAAAAUUGGUUUGGUGAUUGGAUUGACAAUAUUGUUAAGAUGGUGCGUUACAUUUCAUCCUUAUAGUGGUAGAAAAAGUCCACCGAUGCACGGAGAUUAUGAAGCUCAACGUCAUUGGCAGGAAAUAACAUUUAAUUUACCGCUCAAUCAAUGGUAUUCUAACACCACUGAUAAUGACUUACAGUAUUGGGGAUUGGAUUAUCCACCAUUAACAGCAUAUCAUAGUUUAAUUCUUGGAAAUAUCGCAAAUACUAUAAGCCCCGACUUUGUCAAAUUGCAUGAUUCGCGUGGUUUCGAAUCAUCGGAUCAUAAACUAUUUAUGCGAUUGUCUGUUCUAAUCACUGAUUUAAUAAUUUAUGUUCCGGCAAUUGUUUUUUAUUUCCUUUCUGCUAUUCCUGAGUUUAAGAGUAUCCAAGAAAAUAAUAUAUUUGGCUUUAAUAAAUUGCAUUUCACAAUAUUAACUGCUUUAGUAUAUCCAGGAAUCAUCCUCAUCGAUCACGGACAUUUUCAGUAUAAUUCUAUUUCAUUAGGAUUUUUUUUAUUAGCUGUAGUAUUAAUAAUCCAUAAAUUUUUGUCACUUGGAUCUUUUUUUUUUGUUUUAGCGUUAAAUUAUAAACAAAUGGAGCUAUAUCAUGCAUUACCUAUUUUUUUUUAUAUUCUUAGUGAGUGUAUACCGAAUCGAAAAAAAUCUAUUUUAUUGUGUUUAAAAUCUUUUGUGAGCGUAUCUCUUACUGUUAUUAUUACAUUUUCUGUAAUUUGGUUGCCAUUUUUAAGAAAUAUGAAUUUCAUCGAUGUAGUUAUCAGACUUUUCCCACUUAGUCGCGGAGUUUUUGAAGAUAAAGUGUCCAAUAUUUGGUGUACUAUUAAUAUUUUUGUGAAAUUACGUGAAUUAUUUGAUCAUUUGCAAUUAGCUCAAAUUUGCUUUUUUACUACCGUAAUUUUUUCUCUUCCUUCCGGUAUUGGUAUUUAUUUAAGUCCAUCGCCUGAAAAGUUUAUUUUAUCAUUAAUAAAUAGUGCGUUAGCUUUUUAUUUAUUCUCGUUUCAAGUACACGAAAAAACAAUUUUGUUAGUUGCUAUUCCGGUAUUAAUUUAUUUUCAUUAUGAUCCACUUCCAUGUUUUUGGUUUUUAAUAAUUUCAACAUUUAGCUUAUUACCAUUAUUAAUAAAAGACGGUUUGUUUAUUGCUUAUUUUAGUUUAAUAAUUUUUUAUAAUGUUUUGAUUUUUUGGAUAUGGUUUGAUGAAUUCAAUCUCCAUACUAAAAUUAAAAAUGAAAAUUUCACAAUGAGGAAACGAACAGAAUUAAAAGAAAAAAACCAAUCUAAUUUUGUCAAAAAAAACAAUUUAAUAAUAAACAACUCCACAUUAAACAUAUAUUUCUCUCAUUUUAUACAAUUAUUUCUUAAAUUGAAAAAAAAAAUGUUUUAUUUAUCAAUAGUAGGAAUGUUUCUAUUAUCUUUAGUAAUCAGAUUUAUUGAACCUCCACGCCGCUUUCCAGAUCUGUUUCCACUUUUUAUAUCAGUCUAUUCUUGUGGGCAUUUUUUGUUAUUUUUUGUAUAUUUUAAUAUCAAACAAAUUUUUAUACUACGCUCAAAGACAAAGAGAGUGAAGCAUUUAUCUAAAUGUGAAUGGUAAAUGUAGUUGAUAUUA